UAGGUAUGUAGUAUGAAAAAUAUAAUUUAUGUACAUGGGAAACGUGUUAUGUGUUUUUGUCUAAAACGAGAGUAUAAUGCAUUACAAUUUGCCUACAAGCCAUAACAUUCGUUAUUUUCAGUUAUUGUAUAUUGCUAUCCCAUAGAGCGAAAACGUAAUCAAAACUUGAAAAUUGCGGUGGAUUAACCUUGGGCCGCUCAUUUUACAUUUCUAUUGCAGCAAACUACGAUUUUUUUUAUCACUUGUGAUUGUUACUUCCGCCUAAGCGCAGAGAAAGCGAAAACAGACGUUGCCCAUUCAUACGAACACAACGACAGGAAUUUUAUUUCGCUUAAAAAGUGCACUAUCUACUCUCGGCCGCCGAUCAUAAAGAUAACAAUUUUGUUUGUUUGACUGUACCUCAAGUCUUUCAAAAGUUGCAGUGCCAUUGGAGCUGAAUUUAAAAAUCAGCACGUCAUUAUGCAACGCAUUGCUGUAAUUGGGGGCACCGGCAUGACCGGCCAAUGUGUCGUGGAUUAUGCGCUGCAAAAAGGAUUGGCCGUCCGCCUGUUAUAUAGAAGUGAAACGACAUUGCCGGAGCGUUUUAAAGGCAAAGUCGAAUUGGUCAAUGGCAACGUGCUGAAUUUAGACGACUGCAAAAAAGUGAUCGACGGUGUGGACGGGGUGUGUAUCAUUUUGGGCACUCGAAAUAAGUUAGAGGCUACUACAGAAUUAUCCACCGGCACGGAAAACGUCAUUGCCGCAAUGAAAGAAAAAAAUGUACCUCGUUUUUCUAUUGUCAUGUCAUCAUUUUUGUUCCGUCCGCUUUCAGAAGUACCGGGAGUGUUUCAUAAAUUAAACGAAGAACACAAACGAAUGUUGGAGUUGACAAAGUCCUCUGGUUUGGACUAUGUAGCUGUAUUGCCACCGCACAUUGCUGAUGAACCGUCGUCUGAUUACACGGUGCUGCAUGAUGAGGCUCCUGGCCGAGCUAUUUCAAAGUAUGACUUAGCAAAAUUUAUUGUAGAUUCGCUAGAACAAGAGGAGCAUAUAGGUAAGGUGUGUGGUGUAGCCAAAAAGGUUGUAUAAUAAAAUUUUACACCAGAGCAAUUCCGCGCUGCAUCUUUAGUUACAACGCAGUAUAAAAAUUUCUAAACAUGCACACAUGAACAACAUGCAUACGCACAAGGCGAUUAAUAUAAAGAUAAAUUAAAUAUAUUUGAACAUGAUGCGUCUACUGUUAGAUAUGUUAUUAAAUGUUUAUAAAAAGGCAUCAGUACGCUUAGCACGAAAAGCAUAUGAAUACAUUUAUUAUGCAAUAAA